CUUUGACAAGACACAUUGCUCUUGAUUCUUUAAGCGUACAUCUUCAGUACAUUGGCAUAGAUUGUUGACAAUCAAAAUGGCACUCAUGCGUCAUACCAGGCCUUCUGAACGCUCCGGUUCCAUCACAAGGUUCAUUUCGCGACUACGAGGGCGGAACAUCAAAGAUGAACCCAACCCAACAGAAGAAGACCACCCCAUCGACACAAGGCUACCACUGGCUCCAUCUCCACUACCGCUUGUCCUUCCAGAACAUCAACAGGCCCUGUCCAAUCUUGGAUGGACGACAAUUACAUUCCCACAAGCAGCACCAUCAGAUCCAUCUCGAGACUCGUCAGUUCCGGGACUACACCCGCUGCAAGACGCUUAUGAGGCCCUCUUCUUUGCGUCUCAAACUUUCUUCGCACAACCUGCAGAGGAGAAGACGAGGUGGAAGCACAAGCUCCGCUCCGAGGAAGGCUGGUCCUCUAUUCCCGGCGAGAAGGAAUUUAUCACCCUGCGCACGUUGGAGUACUGUCCUGAGAUUCUUCAAGGGCCGGCGAAGCGAUUCUGGGACCUCAUGGGUGCGCAUUUGGAAACAACACUCGGGCGGAUAGCGACGAGUCUGGACAUUCCAGAGCCUGAUUACAUGACGAAAGGGCUAAAGAAGUUCGUUGGGCCGUGCGGAAGCAUGCAAGCUAAAGAUGAGGAGAAGACUGCCACGAUGCUCAGGCUAUUCAGAUACGAAGGCUGGGAGGCGAAGGAGGUCGCAGAGCCACAUGCCGAUUUGGGUCUGCUGAGUGUGGUCAUUGGAGACAUUCCCGGUUUGGAAGUCUGGGAUGGCGAGAAGUGGUUCGAAGUAGAAAAGGAGGUGGAGAGGACCGGGAUGAAAGGCGCAAGUCUGCUCGCUGGCAAACAACUAGAACGAUUCAGCAACAGUCGAUACCCCGCGGGCGGGCACCGGGUCGUGUCGUAUGGGGAUCCCAUGAACGGCAAAGAUGGAGGAGCGAGAUACAGAUUCAGUAUAGUUUUCGUGCUGCGCGCACAUGAACCUGUGAUUAUCGACUCGGAAGAGUUGGAGACAGCUAUCACAGGAAAAUGGUCAGAGCCGGUGCAGGGACUGACGGCAGGAGAGCUAUACACACAAAUCCGAGGUGCUCACUUCAAUAUCAAUAUCAGCCAGGAAGAGAGGGAAAGGCAAAGAACGAAUGUUCGGAAGACAAUGGAGAAGGGCAUUAGCCCCUAGUCUGUAAAUUCACACAGGCACGCCCUGUAACGACGCAGGCAAGAAGAGAGAUAUCCGGAAUAGGUGUGAAUCCGCUACCAGGCAUAUAGGAGUGCUGGGAUGAUAAGAACACUAGGAUAUAUUCUCUACACCUAACGUAGAUUAUCACCAAGCCAGCCAUAUCACCAAACUAGCCAUUUUCUCU